UGUCCACCCAACAAUCACUAUUUUUAGUAUUAAUACUAUUUAUAUCUUGAUUGACAAGGAAUGAUUUUUCAAUUUUGAGUAUCAACAAGUUUGAUGAUAGAAUUUAUAGAAACAAGGUGUAUAGAAUGAUCCCGAUUAGGUGGAUUGAUGAAAGCCACCUUUUUAAAUAAAUAUCGAAAUGAUUCAUGAACAAAGCAAGUGCCUUUGAAGACUAAUUUAAAUGGUAUAGGUGCCAUACUAAAACAUAGAAAACCUGCUCCACCUUAAUACAACAAGAGUGAUUUUUACAUUUUCUUAGAGCCCGUAAUUUCAUUUAUUUAGCUACAAAAAGAAGCGUUAGCUAUUUGUGGCUACUUCAGACUUGACUGUUCAUUUAUUUGUUUGUAACUGUAGUGAAAUAAUGGGACGAACUUGCCCAUGCUCUUCAUUUAAAUUAUAACUGAUAACAAAUUUUUCAUACUCCCCAAUGUCCAAUCUGCGGGUGGAUUCUCUAUGGCCCUGUAAAAGGCUGCUGACAACUAGAGAGACCAUUGUUUCAAUAGUUCCGAUAACCGGACAUACUGAGGUUCAUGACGAAAUAUCCUAUCUAUACUCGGAUGGUAUCCACCGAUGCAGUUGUGUACCGACUUUUGUAAAAGUUCUCACCACAAUCACUCCGGUGAACCCAUCGUCGCCUGGAGCCUGAAAUCGCUUGUUUUCAGUUUUUGUGUAUGAGCUCCUCAUUAGGUCAAGCUGCUGCUGUAAGGGCGUGCACAGAAUUGGAACCGAUCGAAAGCUCACGUGGAAAGACUAUCUUCUUGAGUUGGAGGUCACAACGGGCCCUCCGAGCAUUGACAAUUUGCGUUCUGCUGCAGAUUCUAAGCUAUCAAUGUUUUCCAUUGUGUAGACUGCAAUACAUUUUGAGAGGUUUCGGAUCGACUGGCUUUUAUUUUUGGAUGUUGAAAUAGAUGGGGGCUGUAGAUUCUUUUCCUGGGAGAUGGAGAUAAGUAGAAUGAAUUUUUCGGGGUCGUCUUCGCGUGCUGGGCGUAGCAUGAAUUGUAGCUCAGCUUUGCAAAUAGCUCUUAGUUCGUUGAGUCUAUUCAACGUGGGAAAAACUGCAUCAUCUAGGGUAGUAUUGUUCACUGGCGAUCCUUUUAAUUCCCGGAAGAAUCCCAGCCUCAGAACCCAUGUUGAAAUUAGGGAUAAAUUAUGGGCGAAUACGAGAUCCGCUUCGUCGAGAAGGAUUUACAAGGCAGGGAUGGCGGUGGCGGUAUUCAAAUUGGAAGAGAACUUUGUGGUAGAGGAUCCAGAGCGGGGAGAUGUUAAAGAACUUGAGCCGAAAGGGACCAAUGGAAAAGAAAACAAGAAGAAAAAGAAGAGGAAGAAGGAAAAUGCACCUAAUGAUAAAUUGCACAACCUGGCGAAAUUGGUUGCUGUGCGUGUUGCGUCCGAGGAUUUAGGCUCAGACGAAGACAUAAUGGGAGUGGUCCAUGAGACUGGAUUGCGUGUUGACGUUCGUUCUAUGAACGUGGUAGUUUGGCAGCUUGGGCAGAUGCGGAACUGGGAUGCUGCAUCCAGGGUCUUUCGUGCAUUUCGAAGCGCCAGUGUAGAGCCCAAUGCUCAUGUCUGCACCACUCUCAUUGCAGUUCUAGGAUAUGGCCGUAGAUUACCCGAAGCUUUGAAGUUGUUCAGGUGGAUGGAAAAGCAAGGGAUUGAGCGGCCAAUCUAUACCUUCAAUGCUCUCAUGGUGGCAUGUGGCAGGUGUGGCGCAGGGGAUACUGCUGUGGAGCUUUUUGAGGAGAUGAAGGAGCUGGGAUUAGCCCCUGAUAAUAUAACCUUCAGGGGUUUGGUUUCAGCAACCACUGCUGCAGGGAAAUGGAAGGCUGCUCAAAGCUUUAUAAACUUGAUGCAAGCAGGAGGAUUCUCCUUUGCAAUUGGUGAAUUCACUGAAAUGCAGUGGGCAUGUGCACGUGCGCGGAAUUCUCGUGAAUCCUUAGGCCUUCUGCAAGCGAUGAUUGAACAGGGCUGUGAACCUAGAUUAGAAAACUAUAAUGCACUGUUAUGUGCAUAUGAGAAAACAGCUAACUGGGAGGAGGCUGUGAGGACUGUAGUCUGGAUUCAAGAGAAGGGCUUUACCCCUGAUUUUAUAACUUGGAGCAGUCUUCUCGGUGCGUGUGCCAAUGCUGGACAAGCUGAAAAAGCAGUUGCAGUUAUGGAGAAAAUGAAGGAGAAUAAUUUUACACCGAACGUCGUGUCCUGGUGUUAUCUCCUCAAAGCUUAUCAGAAAACUGGCAAUUGGGAAAAGACCGAGGAGAUAUUUCAUUCAAUGCUGAAUUCAGGGUGCCCUCCAAACGAGGUCGCUUGGAAUUCACUUUUAAGUGCUUACGAAAAGGGUCGCCAAUGGAAGAGGGUCCUCUACACAAUUGAAAAACAGGAAGAGCUAGGUGUGAAGCUUGAUGUAGUCGCAUGGAGCACCACAAUAAGUGCGUUGGCGAAGGCAGGCCAGUGGCAGCUUGCGGAGAAAAAAAUUCGGCAGAUGAAGCAGAGUGGGUGUCAACCAAAUAUUGUCACCUACUCUUCUCUCAUCAAGGCCUAUGGGGAUGUUGGGUUAUGGAAUAAAGCGGAAUCUGUGUUCAAAUCGAUGUUACUGGAGGGCAUUAGGCCGGACUCCAAAGCUUGCUGUGCACUUCUUCGUGCUUAUGCCAAAGGGAGACAGUUGGACAAAGUAAUGUUUUUCUUUGACUCCAUGAUGCCGCGAUAUGGUAUUAAACCUGACAAGUACGCCUACGCUGCAAUUUUCUGGGCUUGCUGGACCUGUGGAGAGUGGCAACGGGCUGCAGAUUAUAUGGAGAAUAUGGAAGCGGCUGGCUGCACCCCCGACACUAUGAUAUACACAACAUUGAUCACCAUGUACGAAGCUCAUGGGCAGGUUGACAAAGCCAUGGAGAUACUCAAGAAGAUGGAUAACUGAUGAAAUACCUGCUUUUUGUAAUCAUCAAAACUAGACGAAUACUCUAAACUAUUACAUUGGUUCUACAGCUAAAAAGUAUUUACAUACCUGGAUAUUCAACGAGGUGGAAUCUUUUGAUCACUACUAGUGAACAGAGUUAGGAUCCAUGCGGAGUUAUUAGUAAUUGGAAAUUUUCAUUCUUUAGUUAGAUACCAUUCGUGUACAGUACUUCGAUGGGAAGAUACUAUCUGGGCUCGAUAAUGUCCAGAAUCAAUGAAACUACCCCAAUCAACCCUUA